AUGUUAAAGGAUAAAGGACAAGUCACAUUUGAAGAUAAAUGGCCAUCUAUGCGGCCUAUAGUACUGAAGCUUUUAAAGCAAGAAGCAGUCACACAAACCGAAUGGCAAGAUCUUUUUGGCGCAGUGCACUCUGUUUGUUUAUGGGACGAAAGAGGUCCUUUAAAAUUAAGAGAUGCUCUACAACAAGAUAUAAUGAUGUACAUUAAACAAGCCCAGGUGCGUGUGCUUGCUCAACGUGAAGAUCAGGCUCUUUUGAAGGCUUACAUAGCUGAAUGGGGCAAAUUUUUUACACAGUGCAAUUAUCUUCCUACACCUUUCCGCCUGCUAGAAGGCUGUAUUACAGUUAUCAGUAAGGUUUCCAGCUCAAAUGCAAAUAAUUCUCAAAAAAAGAACAAUAACAAUAAUCUUGAAGAUAGCUUAGUUCGAAAACUGAUGUUAGACUCUUGGAACCAAAGUAUUUUUAUGGAUAUUAAACAAAGAUUACAAGAUUCUGCUAUGAAGCUUGUACAAGCUGAGAGAAAUGGUGAAUCAUUUGACUCUCAACUUGUUAUUGGAGUCAGGGAAUCUUAUGUAAAUCUCUGUUUAAAUUCGAUCGACAAGCUGCAAAUAUACAGGGAUAAUUUUGAAGCUGCUUACAUGCAAUCAACGGAAGAGUUUUAUAAAUUGAAAGCAAAUGAGUAUUUAUCAGCGAAUGGUGUUCAAUCCUAUAUGAAGUAUGCUGAUCAAAGACUUAAGGAGGAAGAAGCUCGAGCUCACAGAUAUUUAGAACCUGGGAGCGGUAGUGUUGCCGCUUUGACACAGUGUUGUGAAAAAGUUCUUAUAGUGGAACAUCUCCCAACUAUAUUAGCAGAAUGUGCACCACUCAUUAAAAGUGAUGAGACUGAAAAACUGCAGCUAAUGUUUCGUCUUCUGGACAGAGUUCCUGAUGGUGUGACACCAAUACUAAGAGAUUUAGAAGCCCAUAUUGUAUCUGCAGGGUUAGCCGAUAUGGUUGCUUCUGCGGAUAUAAUAACAACGGAUUCAGAAAAGUAUGUCGAGCGUUUAUUAGAUCUGUUUAGGAGAUUCAGCACACUGGUUAAAAAUGCUUUCAUGGAUGAUCCCAGGUUCUUGACCGGUAGAGAUAAGGCUUAUAAAUGUGUUGUGAAUGAUACUACAGUUUUUAAGUUAGAAUUGCCAUCUUCAGCCCUCAUCCGUGGUAGCAAAGGCACUUCCCCUGAAAGUAAAUGUCCUGAACUCCUUGCAAACUACUGUGAUAUGUUGUUACGUAAGACUCCUCUAAGUAAAAGACUCACAAGUGAACAGAUAGAAUCUAGGUUAAAAGAUGUAUUAUUAGUACUGAAAUACAUUGAGAACAAGGAUGUUUUUAUGAGAUAUCACAAAGCCCACCUUACUAGGCGUUUAAUAUUAGAUUCGAGUGCAGAUUCCGAGAAAGAGGAAGAUAUGGUUGAAUGGUUGCGAGAGGUCGGUAUGCCGGCUGAUUAUGUUAACAAGCUUGCUAGAAUGUUCCAAGAUGUUAAGGUUAGUGAAGAUCUCAAUACACAGUUCCGAGGUGAAACGACGCGGCAUGACGCUAUUAAUAUAAAAAUUCUCAACGCUGGCGCCUGGGCUAGAGGCUCUGAGAGGGUGACGGUCAGUCUUCCGUUAGAAUUGGAAGAUUACAUACCAGAAGUGGAAGAUUUUUAUAAGAAAAAACACUCAGGUAGAAAGUUGCAGUGGUAUCACCAUAUGAGCAAUGGUACCAUCACAUUCGCAAAUUCCGUGGGUAGAUUUGAUUUAGAUGUGACGACGUUUCAAAUGGCUGUCCUAUUUGCUUGGAAUCAGCGUCCAAUGGAGAAGGUGACUUACGAGAACUUAAGACUCGCUACCGAGUUACCAGAUCCAGAAUUAAGAAGGACUUUAUGGUCGUUAGUGGCUUUCCCUAAACUGAAGAGACAGUUGUUAUGUUACGAGCCAAUUGUACAAAAUCCUAAAGACUUUUCAGAAAAUACUACGUUUUGGGUUAAUCAAGAAUUUGCGCUGAUCAAAAAUGGUAAACCACAACGUAGAGGUAAGAUUAAUUUAAUCGGAAGACUCCAACUCAGUACGGAGAGAUCUCAGUUAGAAGACAACCAUUCCAUCGUUCAACUUAGAAUACUUCGGACACAGGAGGCCAUUAUUAAAAUACUUAAGAUGAGAAAACGCAUAACUAAUACAGCUCUUCAGAGCGAGCUCGUUGAGAUUCUCAAGAAUAUGUUCCUACCUUCAAAGAAGAUGAUCAAAGAGCAAUUAGAAUGGUUGAUCGAACACAAGUACAUGCGUCGGGACGACGAAGAUAUUAACACUUUUAUAUACAUGGCCUAA